UGUCGAACGGAGUCACCUGAAACGAAUCUCGGCGGUUGUGGAUAGUUUUCAGGUACGAAACUCCGAGGACUAGUGAGGUCCUUGCAAGUCGCGCGGGAAGUUGACCGGAUCUGCGUCCCAUUGAAAUUCGCACGCGAGUACGAGGAUUUUUCGAGAGUCGCGCUCGGAGGUGGAUUUGGUCCUGGAUUUAAUCCUGAAAUUACACGAGAUCCCAAAUGACCCCGUAUCAUCGGUGAAGAAAUCGGAAAUCCGCGUCUCUUCAAAUCCAUCGAGAAAUGCUUCAACCUUGUCCGAAUUAAAUUCGAGUCCCGAAAGGAGGUUUCGCAAGAAAGAAUAUUCUUUGGAAAUCUGCGUGGACUUUCGCUCUGAGAAAAUCUUUGCGCACAGGAAUAUCCAUCUAAAUUGAUUUCUUCCACAAUAGAUUCACUGGAUCUUCAUCCGACUGAGUUCUUCCUAUAUCUUCAGUAUGCGGACUUGCCGAUCGCUUUGACUUUUACAAGUGACUCACAGCGAUUACCUAACAAAUGUAAAAGUCACAAGAAGAUAUAAGAAGUCAUAAGAAGUUAUAAGAAAUCAUAAGAAAAAUAGUAAGCAUUUAAUUGAAGCUUAUAGAUAUUCUUCUAGCGGUUACAAUAGAAACUGAGUAAGACAAAUUACUGCUAGUGUGCAAGAUCGGUGCUGAUUUUUGUCGCAAACUCAAAAAAUUGUCCCUUGCGAGUUUGUUGCCGUAAAUUCUAAAUUUUGCAUAUAGCGAAGAAACAUGAGGCCGCCGUAUAACGAAGAAGAGGUGCAGCAGAUCUCGCAGGAGCAGGGCGAGAGGAACGUGGCGAUGGCAGUUUGUGUGCAACUCGCUGGUCGCGCGAUCAUCAGGGUAGUUUCACGAUGUGAAGAAGCCCAGGAUAAUUGCAAUUUAGACUUGUCGGAGUGCCAGCUCAUGCAAAUUCCGGAUGCCGUCUACCAUUUGAUGCGACACACGGAACUCAAGAGAUGCGAUCUCUCCGGCAACGUAAUCACGAAAAUCCCACCAAAGUUUGCUGUGAAAUUCUCGUUGAUCACUGAACUGAAUUUAAGCCACAAUCAGAUGAGCAAGUUGCCUGAGGAACUGGCCGAACUGCAAGCUCUGGAGAGACUUGAUAUCUCACAUAACACUUUCAUCGCUCUACCAUCUGUCGCCUGGCGGAUACCACAUCUCAAGCGACUUCUCGCCAACAACAAUUUCAUAAUCGAUGUUGACGUCGAGAAGCUUAGGCACGCGCCUGCCCUGGAGUACAUUGACUUGCAAGCGAACCCGUUAACGCCAAGAUUGCAUGAUCUCCUGGGCACCCUGACCACGAUCACGAUCGAGCUUACUCCUCGACAGAUCGAGGAUUGGGAAGAUUUGAACGUUUAAGUCUCCUCCCAAGCGAGAGCAGCCCAUUUCGCGGAGAACGACGCAAAGGAGAUUUCCGCUCCCGCGUUCGCUCGACGAAGAUUGCUCAAGACUUCGCAAACUAGAAAUAGAAUCAAUAUUUUGUACAGUGAUAACGCGAACUGUGUGAUAACGGGUGCCGUGGACCGUCAGUCAUUACGGUCCGUUUGUAUCUUUUGUAAAUGUCACUAGUGAUUUUGUACUUAAUACCGCGGAUCAGUUAUUGAUCUCGUGGAAAUCGAUCGAUCCCUCGUUUUUCUUUUAUACCGGAUUUUUAGAUUUUAUCGCGAUACUAGCCAUGAGCGACGCAAUUGUGAUAAUUAAACAUUGUAAUCGUUGAAUUCAAGGAGAUUCUCACGGAUCUCACGAAUAUUUGGAUAUCAGAGCAUUUGCAGUACCCGAAUCCUUGAAUUUUAUAUCAUUGGAUUUAAUUCGUUUGACUUCUCUUGUAUUCAUAGAUUUGUAAAUAUACAUAUAAACGUGUAGUCUCUGAAAAUCGAAAA